CCCCGUGCGCAGGCCCCGCCAGCGGAAGUCCCCGCGCCGGCGCCAUGUCAAAGAAAAAAGGAUUGAGCGCAGAAGAAAAGAGAACUCGCAUGAUGGAAAUAUUUUUUGAAACAAAAGAUGUAUUUCAAUUAAAAGACUUGGAGAAGAUUGCUCCCAAAGAGAAAGGCAUUACUUCUAUGUCAGUAAAAGAAGUCCUUCAAAGCUUAGUUGAUGAUAGUAUGGUUGACUGUGAGAGGAUCGGAACUUCUAAUUAUUAUUGGGCUUUUCCAAGUAAAGCUCUUCAUGCAAGGAAACGUAAGUUGGAGGCUCUGGAAUCUCAGUUGUCUGAGGGAAGCCAAAAGCAUGCAAGCCUACAGAAAAGCAUUGAAAAAGCUAAAAUUGGCCGAUGUGAAACGGAAGAGCGAACCACGCUAGCAAAAGAACUUUCUUCACUUCAAGACCAAAGGGAACAGCUAAAGGCAGAAGUAGAAAAAUACAAAGAUUGUGACCCACAAGUCGUGGAAGAAAUACGCCAAGCAAAUAAAGUAGCCAAAGAAGCUGCUAACAGAUGGACUGAUAACAUAUUUGCAAUAAAAUCUUGGGCCAAAAGAAAAUUUGGGUUUGAAAAAAAUAAAAUUGAUAAAACUUUUGGAAUUCCAGAAGACUUUGACUACAUAGACUAAAAUAUUCCACGGCGGUGAAGGAUGUAAAUUUUAAAUGAUAUCUAAAUAAGUGUACUGAAUUGUCAUUUGCCUGUAACUGUAUGUAUCCUUUUGUUAAUGUUAAAUAAAGUAUUAAAUGCAGAUGUUCUUCACCCUUUUUGGUAGAUCACACGCAGGAUGAUGACCAUAUCCCCUCCAGUGCUCAUCAGAGUAGGACAUAAAGCCUUGCACCUCA